AUGGCCGCUUACUUCUCUGGUGGCCGCGGAGCAGUAGACAAACGGGGCCCUGAGGGAUUCCAGGCCCACGAGAUGGUCACUGUGGACAUGGCUGAGGAAACAGGCCAGCGGUGCAGGCCACUCCGGGUGCUUGCGGAAGCUGUCGACUAUGAGCCUGUCAGCCAGAUCUCGCCUUUCUCUCAGCUGACGAUGUUGGAGCUAUCACUUCUUAUAUACGGAAAUUCUGCAGGCAGUAUCAGUCAGCAGCUACGAAGUGAGCAGAGAGUGAGAAGAGGCCAAACCUUCGACGAUGCCGUUGAACGUCGACAUUUCGGCGACGUCGCAGCAGUGUCUCCUCGAUGCUUCUAUCCAUGCAUCUUCAUGAUGUUGUUAUACACACGAGUGUGGUUUCUCUGGCUGGAGGUCGCUGCCUGGCGGUCGCUUUUUUGGUUCAGCUUCACGCCAAGCCACGACGCUUCAACCUCUGAGCUUCUUUAA